CAAGCAACGUCGGCAUUUUGGAGGGUAGCCAUUACAAUCUUUAUAACACAGCGUCAUUUGAGAUCAGCUCGGCUUCGCAACAGUUACAAAUAAUAAAACCCAUUCACAAUCAUGGCUGAUAACGAUGACCUUUUGGAUUACGAAGAUGAGGAACAGACCGAGGCGGUAGUUGAUGGGAGUGGAGACGCGCCGGCUAAAAAAGAAGUCAAGGGUACAUACGUUUCAAUCCACAGCAGCGGUUUCAGAGAUUUCCUGCUGAAACCAGAAAUUCUUCGGGCCAUUGUUGACUGCGGUUUCGAGCAUCCAUCAGAAGUUCAACACGAAUGUAUUCCACAAGCUGUACUUGGUAUGGAUAUUCUGUGCCAAGCAAAAUCCGGUAUGGGAAAAACAGCUGUAUUUGUGUUGGCAACUCUGCAACAGCUUGAGCUAACAGAGAAUCAAGUGUACGUGUUGGUAAUGUGCCAUACACGUGAAUUAGCAUUCCAAAUCAGUAAAGAGUAUGAGCGAUUCAGCAAAUAUAUGCCUCAAGUCAAGGUUGGUGUCUUCUUUGGUGGACUUCCAAUUCAAAAAGAUGAAGAAGUUUUAAAAAAUACCUGCCCACAUAUUGUGGUAGGAACACCAGGACGUAUUCUUGCACUUGUGCGCACCAAAAAACUUAAUCUUAAACACUUGAAACAUUUUAUUCUCGACGAAUGUGAUAAGAUGCUCGAAUUAUUGGAUAUGAGACGAGAUGUACAAGAAAUCUUCCGUAGCACUCCUCACGGCAAGCAAGUGAUGAUGUUCAGCGCAACAUUGUCUAAGGACAUUAGACCAGUCUGCAAAAAAUUCAUGCAAGAUCCUAUGGAAGUUUACGUUGACGACGAAGCGAAACUUACGCUUCACGGUCUCCAGCAGCACUACGUCAAGCUCAAGGAAAACGAAAAAAAUAAAAAAUUAUUUGAACUUCUUGAUGUAUUAGAAUUUAAUCAAGUUGUUAUUUUCGUUAAAUCUGUGCAAAGGUGCAUGGCCUUAGCCCAAUUAUUAACGGAACAAAAUUUCCCAGCAAUUGGCAUUCACAGAGGAAUGACCCAGGAAGAACGUUUGUCGAGGUAUCAACAGUUCAAAGAUUUCCAAAAGCGUAUUUUGGUGGCGACUAAUUUGUUCGGACGUGGUAUGGAUAUCGAACGAGUAAAUAUCGUAUUUAAUUACGACAUGCCCGAAGAUUCAGACACAUACUUGCAUCGUGUAGCACGAGCUGGUCGUUUUGGUACCAAAGGUCUCGCGAUAACAUUAGUCAGUGAUGAGAGCGACGCUAAAAUAUUGAAUGAUGUCCAAGAGAGGUUUGACGUCAACAUCACGGAAUUACCAGAUGAAAUCGAUUUAGCAUCUUACAUUGAAGGCCGAUAGACAAUAUGAUGCAGUUGUCAAACAGACAUGUGUACCAGUAGCCAGGAUGGCACAAAGUCGACUGAUUUGACGCAGACGAAUUUAUGUACGUAAAUUAGUCGACAACUCAAGGGAGCAGAAAUCAUCCCUUAUCUUUUAAGUCUUUUUUUAUAAUGUGAAUAGUGGAGAGAACUAGGAUCAUCGUAACCAUUAAUAGCACGAAAAAUAAAUUAUUACUAUUAAUAAAUAAUUGUAUUCUUAAUUAAGGAUUAUUUUGAGACCGUUUAUGAUCUCUAUUAUUAUUAUUAUUGUAACAACAUUUGUGAAUAAUAGAUAAAAUCGAUCGAUUAAGAAAAAUAUUAUCGAUAAGUCACUAAAAAAUGUUCGUAUAAUUUUAGUGUGUAUUGAAAUAUUUGUCGUAAAAUUUCAUUUAUAAGUACAAAACAUAUAAAAAAAAAUAACUUUUUUUAAACGUGACUACCAAUAAAGAUUAAUUAAAUUAAACCAA